AUGAAAGAGGAGUUUGGAUCAUUUGCAACAGGAAUUCCGCCAGACAUCGAUGGACUGCAACAUAUUGAAGGAGAGCAUAAAAAAUUCGAAGAAUACUCAGAAUCCGUGGAAAUAAUAAAUCAGAUGGCAGAAAAAAUAGAGACACUAAAAGACAGAUGUAGGAAACUACAUGAACAGUCAAGAGAACUGUCAGACAAAAUCACAAAGAAGAGAGCGGAGUACAAAGAAGAGUAUGGCAUUCUAAAAACUUUGAAAAAUAACUUUUCGGAUUCAUUACUGGCUGGAGUGGAAACUUUCCAACGGAUUUCUUCGUGUAAAGCAAAGAUUAGUGUUAUUAAGACCGAGUUUAAAGAAUUGACAGACAAGAAGAAAACUGUUGGAGUAGAAUUAAAUACAGCCGAACGUGAACUUGCCAUCAUGGAAGGAAAGAUCAUCAUGGAUAGAAAAGUGAUGCUAGCAAUGAAUGCGGUGUUUUGGAAGUAUGGAAGUCCUAUAAGUGUCAAUAUGCUAAAACAAAACCCUGCAUUCGGUGACAUUUUCAGUCUUCAGAAAGAACAAACAUCUAUAACUGUAAUUUCGAACAAUAUACUUUCUGCCAUCGAAUUGUCAGAUUCCGAUGAAAUGAACGUCAAUGAAGAGGGAAGCACUGCCGUCAAAGCUAUAAUUGAAAUGCCGGAUAUACUUGACAACAUCUUUCUUGUUGAAAAAAGCCCAACAAAUCCCGUGAUAUUGUCGUCAGCACCAAUCCAAAUGAAGAAAAAUUGUGAAAGUGACCAAUCAAGAGAUAUUCAACUUCAGGCGGCUGAUCAACAGAAAUGUUCCGAAAAUUUGUCUAGAGAUGAUGUUGUGGACAACAUAGCUUCCCUUCCAAGCCAAACAUUUGCAGAGGAAACUAACGAGGAUCAUGAAGCCGUGCAAACCAAACAAAACAAAUCAACUAAUAUUACAACAGAUGAUCCAAAAGAUUUCAACCAGCACGUGAUUUCACCAGAGGAAGAAAGCAGAUCACUAAUUGCACCAACAACGCCAAAAUCCAUCGACAGUCAGUCAUCAAUUCCGUUAAUUUUAACCACAGUUAUCGUUGAAAACCCAUCGUACUCUAAUCCAGGGACAUCACCGAGGAAACAAUCUGACAAUUCUUUUGUUUUCUCACUUGCUGAGAUUGCACAAGUGGCUCUCACUGAACAAAAGAAUGAUGAAGAAGUUCUCAAGCUUUCAAAAAAAUCAGAUCCAGCCAAAAUCAUAACAACAUUGCCAGCAACAAAAGAAUCUUGUAUUACAAAAACAACCAACCCAAUUGAGAACACGACGAAAAAAAUAAUAAAUCCAUUGGUCAAACCGUAUACAGGAAUAUGGCCGAACAAAAAACCCCCUCUUCCUUUAUUCAUAAACUUUCUCUCGAGCUAUGACCAGUUUUCAAUUUGGUCUCGUUUGACGUCAGUAACAGUUCAAGAAACAACUGCCAAAGAAGGAAUUGAGGUUAUAGAGCCUUCAGUGUCAAUUGUGUCAGUGCCGUCUGCGGUAUUGCCAUCAGCAGUGAAAAGCUUUGUCCCUAUCGAGAACACCAUGAAAUGUGGAAGAGGGCGGCCAAGGAAAAAUUCUGUUGUUCAUGCUACUACAGUAAAGCGUCGUUCUAAAAAUAAUUCACUCCCAACAUACUUCGAAAAUGGUGUUGACAUAAAUGAGAUCCAAUUGGAAGAUAUGGAAACUGUCACCUCGGCUAAAGUUACGAAUGAAGACAAUGCGGAGUUGCCAACGAACAACAGGAGAGAAUCUCUUUCGAGAAAAGCAAAAACGUUGCCGAAAAGCUACGUUGAUCUUGCUGAAAUUUACGAUGACGAUUUUCAAUUGUCACCGACUUCCUCUGAAACCGAAAUCUUGGAAUUGUUUUGUUGCGAAAAGUCAGUCAGCACUAUUAUCAAAAACGAAACACCGAGAAAAAGAGGAAGACCAAGAAAGAUGUCAAUUGUUACACCCAUCACAGAAAAACUUCCGGAGUUUGUUAUCUCCACAAAUCAAGAUCAUCAUGCGUCAAUUGAACCUCCAACAAGCAAACGUUCAAGAAACGAUUCACAUGUCCUCUCGAAUUCUACAAAAGAAAUAGUGGUCGUUCUUCAACAGGGACUGUAUGCAUUUGACCAUGAUUCAACACAACCUGUGGAACCCUCAGAAUGCACAAUGACACAAGUAGAUGAAAAACGUGAUUGCUAA